UCUAAGGUGAGUUAAUGAUGGAGUAUUAAAGAGGUAAAUAAAUAUACACAAGUCAUAGAAGCCUCCGCCUGCAGAAAAUUUGCUGGGUAAAUUGAAUUCGCUGAUAUGAAGAAGAGCCAACAAUCUAAAAGGAAAAGGCAAUCAAUAAGUGGUAAUGCUUUGGUUGACCUAUGGAGUGCACAAUGCGCGGAAUGUUUCAAGUGGAGGCUGAUUCCUACUGAGGAAGAGUUUGAAGAAAUCAGAAGCAAAUUCAGUGAGGACCCUUUUUUCUGCAGCAAGAAACCAGGUGUUUCAUGCGAUGAUCCAGCUGAUAUAGAACGCGAUGAAACCCGCACUUGGGCCAUUCACAAGCCCGGCAUUCCAAAAACCCCUUUCGGGUUCAAGAGGACAUUGGUAAUGCGGAGGGAUUUAUCUAAAAUGGACUGCUAUUAUGAUGCUCCCAAUGGCAAGAAAUUGAGGGCCUUGACUGAUGUUAGCAAGUUCUUGGAUAAGUUUCCGGAGUUCAAAAAGAACAUCUCACCUGCUGAUUUCAGUUUUACAAGUCCUAAGCUCGUGUAGGAGACAACGUCUAAGAUAACAGCGAACCGAGGCUGACAUCAACGGGGUUCUUUAGUCUGUUUGAGCUGCAAUUUGUGUUUUCCAUUUGUUCAUAGUGGGGGAGAAAGAGUUGUUCCAGAUUUCGGUUCUGACAUAGAUGUGCAUACUUGGUGAAUGUAUGUUGCAUUUGCAAUUAUGGUACUGUUAUUUGUUGUUAUUUUUAUGAAUUGAAAUUGGAAUUGGAUGUA